GAGUCGUUCCUGUUAUCAGGCGAUAAUUUUCCCGAUUUUUGGGCUUCCGUCAAAUAGAAAAAAGGCAAAAACGAAAGUUUCGUGUUACUGGCCAACGUUGAUUAAAGAAAUUCAAUGAUCGGAGCUGAAUAUCUGGAAUUUUAGACAGAGAAAGAUGGAUACAGACGAGAAAGAGAAGGAUUCUCCAGUGAAAUUUGAACUCUCAUUUUCCUCCCUCGAGUUCGAUGUUGACGAUGUCGACGAUUUCGAACAAGAUGAUUCCUCGGAUUCGGAGAGUUCAGAGACAGCUGGAUUGGAAAUAGAUGUGUCUGAGAUUGAUGACUAUGGUUCUAGAAAAGAACGAAUUAAACGAGAAGCUGUUCAGGAUGUCUCAGUUUUCAACGAAAUGGAAGAAGAAAUCGAGAGGCAGUUGGACGCAAAAGCUGCUAGAACUAAUUUAACAGCCACUAAUGUUAAAAACCUUUUGCGAAAUGUCAUCAUAAAUGAACACAUGGUGGCUAUGGUCAAUAGGACACUCAAUAAGUCCGACGAUGACGAUGACAUCUGCUUGCCGAAAAUUACACGAGCAAAAGCGAGAGAAUUGGGACCGAUAGCACAACCAAAAAUUCCCUGGGCACUUACUCCUUUGGAAACAUCUUCAUCGGAUGUUCAAACUUUGAUUGAUAAUGACCUGCCGGAAGAUUCUUCGGAUGAGGAAUACAGACCAGAUCAAGAUCAAGAUCAAGAUCAGGAUCAAGAUCAAGAUCAGCAGAGCGACGAUGAAAGGGAAGCUGAUAAUUCUCUUGGCAGCGAUCUGGAUUCACAACCAUCAACGCCAGCAAAUUCUACUGACAAUUCUUCAUUCGCGGAACAAGAAAAUUUAACAGACGUUCAAUACGACUCUGAAGGAGUUUUUAAAAUUCCUGGAAUUCCUCAUGUGCCAACAGAAGAGGAGAGCAUUGGGCAAAGAACUCGCUCGAAAGUUUGCCUCGUUGAAACGCCUUUGGAGUAUUUUGAAAAUGCAUUUAUCCCACCGGAUAUUAAUGUCGACAUGUAUGAUGACGGACGCAAUCUUGAAGAAGACUAUCGCCAAUUCUUGCAGGAUUUUACUCUCCCUUUGCCUGAAGAAGUCAACGUCGAGGACGAUCCAGAAGCUGAUCCCGAGUAUAAUUAUUACGAAGAAGAUGAGCAAUUGGACAAGGAAGAACUGAGAGUGGAUAAAACAACUGAAGUCACUAAGAAGGAAGUAACUUCUUUGUACUCGGAUUUGUACAAAGUGUAUGACGAGUUGCUCGAGUAUGCCAAUGAAUAUGAGGAACAGGCACAAACUGAAAGUCAAGAAUUGCCGAAAAAGCGAAGAUCUAAUGAAACAGUGAAUGCGACAGUAGUUGAAACUAACUCGACGACACCGACGGCGGAACCUGUACCUGUUUCAACUGAACCGGAUAUACCAACAUUGUUGACUAUCGAGCAACGACACUUGAUCUGGAUUCAAAUGCGCCAGCACGUGCAACUUAUGACUCAACAUUUUUUAAUGAGCUUCAAACAUCCCGAGCAUCAUAAAUACUCAAAGUCCUGCAAAUCUAAUCUUCAAAGUGUCAGUUAUCUGAGCAAUGGGCCACAUUCCGCAUUCAACGUGGACAAUAUUUCAUACGCUUUGAAAGUAGUUGCUGAUUGGGAAGAGAUGCACAGAGACGAGAAAUUUGCCGAGGAGUACUUUGAAUUCGUCGCUCAGGAAAUAAGAUUGGCUUGUGUAACGAAAAAAGGUCGUCGCAUUUAUGCGCAAAAGUUUCAUCCGAAGUUGGAGAAAUUAAUUCUCGAGAGUAAAGCUCUUCCCUAUCCACACCUUUUGCCGCACAUGUUUUGCAGAGGUACUUCGGAAAAGACGAAACAUAUUCCGCACUUUCUUGCUGAACUCAAUUUGGUCGCAUUGGGUCUGGAACAAUUCUAUCCAUAUGUUUUGGAAAAUAGAAAUAAAAGGUGGUCCAGGAACCAGACGGAAAUUUUAAACGAUGUGGUACUUUUGAUAAGAACUUAUUUGGUUCCAUGUCGAGAACAAAGUGGAUUAGUUUAUCACAUCAAGCAAUGUAAUACGGCUCCUCCGUCUAAUCCAAUUAAGCAUUUUCACGCAACUGGAAAAGCUCCCAGGACAAUACAUUAUAUUACCUUGGAUACAAAUCUUCUUUCGCCCAAAGAACAGCCAGUCGAGUUAUUACCUGAAAGAUGGCAAACCUGCAUACGGAACUUAAAGCGGAAUAAACCCCCCAAAGAAAAGGGCAUCGGUAAGGCUCUCAGUAGGAAGUUAGCACAGUACAAUUGUGAAAUUCGUGCAGGUGAACAUAUCUGCAACCCGAUUGUAGGUAUGAUGACGAAUACAAGUCAGCAAAAUCCCAAAUGUUCUAAGAAGAAGGUGACUCCUGAGGCGCCUCCGACAAUCAUAAAAUUGGAACCGGAACAAGAGCCAGAGGAAAUUCUUCCCGAUAUUCCGGAGGCCUAUUACACGAUCGAGAGUGAAGCUCUGGGAACUGAAAAUCCGGCCUCGAAAUUACCCCAGUUGAGAAAAACGACUCCUCGUUUAGCAAAAACGCGCAGUGCGCAAAAUAUCAAAUCAAUGACGCAGGUUGUGAGCGCCAAGGAAGUAUCUGGAAAUGCGCCCAAGGCGAAGGGCAAAUUGGAUUCCUCAAAAAGUUCAGAAGCAUCUUCGUCGGCUUCAGUGAAAGGGGAUAACGAGGACGAAAUAGCAGAAUUGAUGCUGGCGUCUACAACAAUUAAGAAAAAUGCAGCUAAUCGAAAGAAAGCGAAGCAAGCUCGUGAGUUAGAGAACAUAAAACGCUUAGUGGAGUCAGAAAAUGAGCUAAACGUAGACGAGAGAGCGACGAUUGCCCAAUUCUUUAAAGAAUUUGCCGCAUCUUAUCUACAAAAACUACAUGCGACACUCGAAUCUACCGACCCGGAUAUUUUCAGGGCAGUAAUUAAGCUGUACCUCGACUACAGCGAGAAACUCGAAAAUAUUAUACAAACAGAAAACGAAAAGGAACUCAAGCCAGAAGAAGGUAAAAGUGGAUCGAACGAGAAACGAUUGAGGGAAAGCGAAAUUAAAGCGACAAAGGACACUCUGGCUAUUGAUCUUUUUCGAGAAGUCACGGAAAAAUUGCAAAAAUUCCCAGACAUUUGCUCUGAUUUUCUCCUCUUUUUAAGUUCCCAUCAAGCCGCGAUGAUUGAUAAAUCCGUCGAGUGGAUGAUGCUACAAAAAAUGCAAGAAUUUGUACACGUGGCUCAAGUUUAUUUUGCAAAACAGCCAUCACGUCUUGCAAAAGUGAUGCAGUCGAUAGCGCAACUUGCUGCAGCUCCACAUACUCUGAAAAAUGUUCAUGAAGUCAUGGGUCCAGUUCUCAAAGGAUAUCCAAUUGUUAUGGACAUGUUUCUGCAAGUUUUCCCGGGCGGAAAACCACCUGAAAGCCUCUUUGCACCACAGUUGUUUGAAAGUGUAACAUGUCCAGUGGGGCCUCACGAUAAAACCAAGGUCUAUGCGAUCGAUGCUGCUGAAUUGUAUGAGCAUAUUGAAUUGCCCGUUUCGACGACCCAGGAAGAUCCUUACGGUGGAGACAAUUGCAAAUGCAGCUGUCACGAUGUGGCGGAUCCUAAACUGAAAACUGCAAGUGAACAUUGCGCUUCUUGUGGCACAAGGUUCCUAAACGGAAGAAUCUACCUUCAAACAUCGGAAGGUUUACGACCCGCGAAAAUCACAUUCCCGGGAGAAAACGACGAAUCCUUGGAAAAUAUCGCUCGAGUAUCCCUGAAACCUGCCGAAAAAUUAGUUCUAGCACCGUCUCAGCCGAAAAGGCGUAGAAAAUCUUCGAAGAACGAUCCUAAUACAGACGAAAUUGCGACCAAGCAACCAACCUUGAAAUUCUCGCCAGUCAAGGAAGCGCCAGAAGAAGGGCCUGCUGAUAAAAUCGGAACGAAAUCAAAACGAGGUCCUCGAUCACCUCCAAAGACAGUGCAACCUUCGACAAGUGGCGCGAAAAAGUCUCCAGUUCCGGUUUGCAAAACAAAACGGGAAAAGCGAGCCGAAAAACGAGACGCGAAGCAGGAACAGAAGUCUCAGUGUUCAGCAAUAAGUGAUGCUGAUUCUAGUUUUGUAAUGAAAAGUCCACAGUACGAGGAGUUUCCUAAUCAUUCCUUUGUCAAGGAAGAAAUUUUGACUGAUGACGAGGAGAAAGAAACGAGUUUAGAGAAGAACAACGAGGACGUUUCGAGCGAUUCCGACAGCAGCAAUGACGAAGUUGAAGAGCCGCCGGAUGUGAAGUCCUGGUCGAGGGAGGAAGAUGCAAUUCUGCUGCAGAGUAUCAAAAUAGAAUACUCGGAGCAAACUUUUAUUUCGAUCAGUGAAAGACUUGGAAAUCGCAGCGUGCAACAGGUCAAAGAUCGGUGCUUGUUGCUGCUCAAUCUGUUUCAGAAAUUGGCCUGAAACAUGACAAUUGACCAUUGUUUUAAUUACCUGUGUAAAGUCUCUCAUUAUCUAAGAUAAGAAUUUUAGAAUAAUAAUGUAUUUAAUUAAACUAGGAGAAUAAAGACUAAAAAUC